AAACGCUUUCUAGAGAUUCCCUUUUGUAGUAUUUUAAUUAAACAAUCAAAAUGAAUAAAGAACAAGAUUAUGCCUCCGAUACAGAUGAAAGUGAUGAGGAUUUCCAACCAGACAACUUAGCGGUCGACUCGCCAGUCAGUGAAGAUGAAGAAGAUUGUGAGUCUAAUGAGGAACUAGCUGAUGCUACAAACGAUACGGAAAAGCCAGUAAAACGAAAAAGGGAAACAAAAAAAGUACAUAAAAAGAAAAAAUCUAAAGCCAUCCAUGAGGAGGAAUCAGAAGAUGAUGACGAUGAGGCCUCACAUGCAUCAAGGAGAGCAACAAGACAGACAAAUGAAGCUGAUACAAAUGGCAAAGGAAAAACUUUGGAAAAAGAUGAAUUAGUAUCAGAUGAUGAAGAUAAAUCCCGUACGAAUGCACUGUGGGCAGAUUUUCUGAAUGAUGUCAAACCGACGGCGACUACCUCUACAAACAAGCCUUCCAAAGUUGAAGAUAAACCAAGUUCCUCUAGUAGUAGUGACAAAAUCACCAGUGAAAAGGCUAAAGUUACUAAGGAAACACCACCACCUACAAGUUUAGCACCAAAAGUAGAACAAAAUAAAAUCGUAGUUACUGAAGUUGUAGAUUUUGCUGGUGAAGAAGUACACAUUGAACGUGUAAUAGAUGCUUCUAGUAUUAAAGAAAAUAAAGCUGCUGCUAUACCACCAGCUAAGAAGCAACCAUUUAGUAGAAUAAUGCCUGGUGUGGGUAUAAAAAGAACUCUACCAACGGCCGCCACAAGCUCGGGGGUCGGACUAGGCUCUGUACUGAAUCAACUGGGGAAAAAGAAGAAAUUAUCGGUUUUAGAAAAAUCCCAAAUGGACUGGAAGAGUUUCAAACAAACCGAAGGCAUAGAUGAACAAUUACAAACAUUUAACAAAGGCAAGGAUGGCUAUUUGGAACGUCAGGACUUUUUACAACGUACCGAUUUACGACAGUUUGAAAUCGAAAAGAAUCUACGGCAAACUACCAGGCGUCCUCUUUAAUUCGUUUGAAUUGAUUAUGUUUUAAAUUUCCUUAUACACUAACUACUAUAUGAAAUUAAAUCUACUAUUAGUCUCUAAAUUACCAAUUAUGUACAAUCAUUCAUUACCUACUAUUUUUAUAAAUAUUCGAUUGUAUUUCAUUUGAAAUAUUCCAUUACCUUUUUAAGUUUAAUUGUAUACCUAAAAAACUAGGAAUUUGCCGCAAUGUACGUUAAGAUUGUUUAAAUAUUUGAAGAAAUAAGCUUAAUCUUUAGUAUCAGCAAAUUUUUAUUUGAACAAACUCGAUUUUUAACACAUAUAAUUUAAUUUAUAAUUAUAAUAAUUUAUAUUGUAAUUUAUUCUGCAUAAGAAAAAUUUUAAUUAUACAUAUAAACAAUUUUUAAAGGAAGUAAAAGUGACUAUGUACUUUUUUCGUUUUCACUCUUAUUUCGUGAAAUAUUUAAAUAAUCUGAGCGAAUUUUUACAACUUUGAAAUUUUUUCUGUAUUAUUGAUGGUAAAACAUACAUAAAUGUUAUUAAUAAAAAUAAUAUAUUAGAACAAUAUAAAAA